AUGUCAUACCUUAUCUCGACUGAAUUCGCACAACAUGAAGCAGCAACAGGACUUGCUCUUCGGAAUGAGAAACGUGACAGUGUGGAGGAGGAUCACUCUCCCAUUCCACAGAUCGUUUUGGAUGCUAAGGGAAGUUCCUUAGCGGAUGAGUAUGUAUCUAUUUUUCGGAAGAGCAGCAGCAGCAUCGGUUCUGAGACAAGUGAGAGACUAGCCUUCAGCUUCACUUUGCGGCGUUUGAUUGAGUUGGAGGAGUUUCCAGGCGUUCUAAAUCCGUCACGACUGGAAUUCUGUCUACACCUUCUCCAGCGGUGGUUUCUUGCGUACUGUGCACGCCAGCACCGGUGGACCGUACAUGAUCCUUUUGUAUGCCCCAAAGACUCUGACCUCUGGGAUUUCUUGAUGGAACGGCACGAGGUACUGCUGAGGUGGGCCUUGAACUCUUCUGAUUCUUCAUCGCGUUAUUCAACGGCGGUUGUUUUGCCCAUUUCCACUGCGCCUUUUCUAGCCCGUUUAGAGGCACUUCGCGCUGUAGGUUAUUCAUUGGUUCAUGCCUGGCAGUCUUACUUGAGGGUGGGUCAUGACAUGCUUACCGCGGGGCCGAAGCGAUGCGCACGCGAAGAGGUUGCAAGGGGGCGCCUGCAGAAGUGGUUCAAAGAAAGGUUUAUCGGUCUUUUUUGCAAGGCUUUCUUGAAUGACUUACACACACAAUUUUGUGACACCGACGACAGCGAUCUCAAUUCAGAUGUGGGAUGUGAGAUGGAAGUGGCGAAGGAAAAAGACGGAUACAAACCCAAGUUGGCGAACCGAGGUGCACUUUUGAUGCUGGAAAGUGAUCUCAAACUCCUCGUUUGUGAUCUUCAGCGAAGCAUUCAUGAAUGCUCGUCGUUGUUGUGGGAUGAAACGCAGCGCCGCUUCGAGCCACUUCUAGAUGAAAUUAUUGACUUGCUUAUGGCGGAGUCCUCCACGUCGCUGGAUUUAAACAUGGUUCGAGGUAUUAUGCACGCAGCUGUCAGAAUUUUGUCACGUAUGCAGCUGUGCUUCGGCCAGUUUCUUCAACAAGCCAGUGGUGAGUAUACGUCACGUGAUCGAGUGUGCAUUCAAAAAUUUAACGCACAUUACAAGAGGUUGGCUAAACAAGUGACGGCUGCACGGGAUACACUAUUGUUGAAUGCCGUUUUUGAUGGAUGGACACAGCUGGCAAACCUGAGACCAGGGAUAAACGCUGAGGAGGAUGCGAAUGCGCGGGGGAUGCUUUUAAUAUAUGACACAAAGCUACGGACUGGGUGCGGUUCUAUGACACUAGUUGAGGGAUUCAUGGAUGUCUGUUAUGAGCGACGACGUGCAAUAAAGCGUCUGACCACGAGUGUUAGAGAGGGCACUUGUGAUACCUUCCCGAGUUCUCACCCAGCCACGCCUAGUGCUGGGUUCCAAGAUGGUAGCUGUGUCAUGAGUUCUAAAUAA